CGCCUCCCACCACCCACCAGCGACGGAACAGAAAGAACGGAACGGAACGAAACGAGAUCCGGUGCGGCGUUGUAUUUAUUAUUAUUAUUUUUUAUCAAGUCCAAAGCGUUUUGAACGGGAGUGCGUCUCUGCCGGACACCGCUUUUCAGUUUUAGCUCAUUUGCGUGCGCGGUUACCUUGGGGCGGCCGUCUCCAGUUGGAAUUGUUGUAAUUACCUCUCGACAAGUGUCCGCCACAAACGAAACGAUAAAAUUAAAAUAAAACGCAGAAUAAUUACGCUGCAGCUGGAGCUUGGGAAUGGAAAUGUGCGCGUCGCGUCUAAACGGCAGCAGCGACAAGAGGCAACGCUAACGUAACGGCUAAAUAAUCGUAGAAAGUUUUUAUUGUUAUCGCUUCUUCUGAGCCAGAGCCUGAGCCAGAGCCAGAGCCAGAGCCAGGCCAGAGCUGCCAAAAACCGAAAGCCAAAAACCCGAAAAGCAAAUAAUCCAAGCUCAGGCCAAUUUUUGCGUGCCGGCCAAGAAGAAAAGAAAUCCGUUUCGGCCCCAUCUUCACUCUGGAAACUGGCGUGUGUGUGUGUGUUUGGUGUUGAAGUCUCUGUGGUUAUAGCCAACGGAAUUGGCAACGCUCACUCGCCGCUGUCAGUCAAUAAACCCAGUUAAAUAGAUACGCAAUAUCCAUAAUAACAACAACAACAACAACCAGCCACCAUGUCUGGCCCACUGCCCGAAAUCAGCGAAGAGCAGCGCGCGAUACUGGAGCAGUUUCGCAAGCAAAUGGAUGAUGCCCUGGUCGAUACCCACGACGACUACUUUCUGGUGCGCUGGCUGAGAGCACGCAAGUGGAACAUGGAUGCAGCGGAGAAAAUGCUGAGAGCCAGCCUCAAGACGCGCGCCAUGUGGAAUGUGGACAACAUCGAGAAGUGGGAUCCACCCAGAGCCCUGCAGGAGUAUCUACCCUAUGGGCUGAUGGGAUACGACAACGAGGGAUCCCCGGUGCUGGUCUGUCCUUUCUACAACUUUGACAUGUGGGGUAUGAUGCACUGCGUCACCCGCUUCGAGUUCCAGAAGUACCUGGUCCUGUUGCUGGAGCGCUUCAUGAAGGUAGCCUAUGAACAGAGCUUGAAGCAUGGGUGGAAGGCUCGUCAACUGGUCGUGUUCUUCGACAUGCAGGAUGUGAACCUGAAGCAGUACGCCUGGAGACCGGCUGCCGAGUGUGUGAUCUCCACCGUGAAGCAGUACGAGUCAAACUUUCCGGAGCUGCUCAAGAUGUGCUACAUCAUCAACGCCCCGAAGCUCUUCUCCGUGGCCUUUAACAUUGUGAAGAAGUUCCUGGACGAGAACACCACCAGCAAGAUAGUGAUUUACAAGUCAGGAGUGGACAGGUGGCAGCAGCAGCUCUUCUCCCACGUCGACCGCAAGGGAUUCCCCAAGGCCUGGGGCGGAGAGCUCGUGGACAAGACCGGCGAUCCCCAGUGCAAGUCCAUGAUGAUCUGGGGUGGCAAGCUGCCGGAAGAGCUCUACAUCGACCAGAGCAACCAGCAGAGCGACAAAGACUUCACAGAGACGCAAGUGCCCAAGGGCGACAAGCUGAAGCUGCACUUUAAGGUUAAUCACGAGGAGCAGAAGAUUCUCUCCUGGGAGUUCCGCACCAUCGACUACGACAUCAAGUUCGGCAUUUACAGCGUGGAUGAGCUGACAGGGGAGAAGCGCAGCGAGGUUGCCCUGGGAACCGUUUACUCCAACGAGAUGGACGAGAUCGGCUACAUAUCCACUCGUCCGAAUACCACCUAUACCGUGGUCUUUGACAACUCGGCUAGUUACUUAAGGAGCAAGAAGCUUCGCUACUGGGUGGAUCUCAUUUCCGAGGAGGAGGAGGGCAUUUCCGAGCUGACCAACCAGAUGGACCACACACAGAUCGCGGCAAAGGAGUGAAAAAGGGGCGAGUCCUAGGAUCGCGUGCUCGACCAGCAACUAUGCCAAAUACCAAUUGGAAGUAGAUAGAUUUAUAGAUAGACAACACGAACUAACCUCGGUGCAUUAAAGUCACAAAGCCUUGACCAGACCUGGCUGCCAUCAGCUGCUGGCGAAGCUGCAAUCAAACCAUGUGAUAGAAACAAUUAGCAAAGGAGAACUCACACUAACUUAAAUUUAAACUUAGUUAAAGGCGCACUGUUUAUUUAACAAUUUUAAUCUUCAAUGUUUCUGUGUAUCUGUAUUUGUAUGCCCAUAUGUUCAGGGAUUACAGCACAAUAAAUGUAUAUAUGUAGCAUUUGAUUAUGCAAUGUAUGGUAUUAAUUUUA